AUGCAUUUCACUAAGAUCCUCUCAGCUGUAUCAUCUGCUGCUCUUUUCACCUCUACCGGAAUGGCACAAAUGACUGCCCAUCAGAUUGUUGCCAACAUCAACAUUAUUACAGGACAGUCUCAGGCAUUGCAAGCACCAGCCAACUCUAUCAACAUCCUCAGUGGUCCACUCUUCCUGAUUGGUCAAGGACCCUUCCCUCAAAUCGUCAUUGGAUUUACCCAGAUCGUCAAUACCGUGACCAAUGAUAUCACAGCAAUGGCUGGAACCCAACCUUUCUCUGUGUUGUCAGAUGAACAGUCCAUUCUUGAUGCUUUCACCACUUUCGUGACGGUUCAUCAAGAACUCCUCAACAUCUUGAUCGGUAAAUCCGGCAUUUUGAAUGACCUUCCCCUGAUCGGUCCUCCAGUUGCCCAAGUGCUAAGAAGCCUCGAGGCUGUUGUUGAUACCAUCGCAUUCAACCUGGUUGACCUCGUGCCAGAUGUCGCGGCACCUUUCACAUCCCAGAAGAACUCGUUGGAUGUCACGAUCGGUCUAGCGAUCACGGCAUAUACUCCAGUCGUCUAA